AUGUUAAUUACAUUUGUUAUGCUUGGAAGAUAUUUAGAGAAUUUGGCAAAAGGACAAACAUCAACAGCUUUAUCCAAAUUAAUGUCAUUAACUCCUUCCAUGACCAUCAUCCUUUUAAGGAACCCCAUCACAGGCGAGAUAACUGAAAAAAAAAUUUCGACAGAUUUGAUUCAAUUGGGAGAUGUAGUAAAAAUUAUUCCAGGGGAUAAGAUUCCGGCUGAUGGGGUAGUUGUUACUGGCGAAUCGACCGUAGAUGAAAGUAUGGUAACGGGUGAAGUUAUCCCCGUAAAGAAAUUUCCUGGUGAAAAUGUAAUCGGAGGAACUGUUAAUGGAUCAGGUAGUUUCGAAAUGAAAAUUACCAGGGCAGGAAGCGAUACCGCGUUAGCACAAAUUGUCAAGUUGGUUGAAGAGGCGCAAACAACAAAAGCUCCAAUACAAGAAUUUGCCGAUAAAGUGGCGGGAUAUUUUGUACCUGCUGUCAUCGUUUUUGGUGUCCUUACAUUCGUCGUAUGGAUGAUAUUAUCUACCAAGAUACUUACAACAUUACCGGAUAUCUUUAAUAAUGAAUCGAGCAAAUUCAUGGUUUGUUUAAAAUUAAGCAUAUCAGUUAUAGUAGUAGCUUGUCCUUGUGCUCUUGGAUUAAGUACACCUACGGCUGUAAUGGUUGGAACUGGGGUUGGCGCACAAAAUGGUAUCCUUAUUAAAGGAGGAAAGUCAUUGGAAUCGGGACAAAAAGUAACAAAGGUAGUCUUUGAUAAAACUGGUACUUUAACAAAAGGAAAAUUAGAUGUCUCUCACAUUGAAUUGAUGAGUGAUAAUUUGGAAUUUAGUCCCGAAAUAUUCUUUGCUCUAGUUGGGGCCGCGGAAUCAUCGAGUGAACAUCCUUAUGGCAAAGCUAUUGUUGAUCAUGCCAAACAAUUACUUGAAGUUGAGAAUAUUGAUGCGGUUAUAAAUAAUUUUGAAGCUUUGGCUGGAUUAGGUGUGAAAUGUAAUGUGAUAUUAAAUAAAUCAUAUUCUUUAGUACCAUCAAUGACGAGAAAUACUUCAACCACAGGAAAAUCUUACAAAGUUUUGGUUGGAAACGUUAAACUUCUUUCACAAAAUUAUCAGGUCGACAUACCACUUGCAGCAACGGAAUUCAAAGAACAACAAGAGAGACUUGGUAGAACCGCUGUAUUGGUGGCUAUUGAUAGUAAAUUUAUUGGAAUAAUUAGUUUAUCCGAUACGAUUAAACCCGAAGCAAGAUUAGCAGUUGGAGCCUUACAUCAAAUGGGAAUUCAAGUUGCCAUGGUUACGGGGGAUCAACAACUCACCGCGGAAGCCAUUGCGUCGCAAUGUGGGAUAACUGAAGUUCAUGCCGGAGUUUCACCAAAAGGAAAAACACUUAUAGUCAAAUCAUUACAACGUGAGGGGGAACGUGGUAAUAUAGUAGCGAUGGUAGGGGAUGGGAUAAAUGAUUCACCUGCUUUAGCCGCCGCUGAUGUUGGGAUUGCCUUAUGUUCUGGUACUGAUAUUGCCAUAGAAGCAGCUGAUAUUGUUUUAAUGAGAAAUGAUAUAACGGAUGUUGUGGCCGCAUUUGAUUUAUCAAGGACCAUCUUCACUAGAAUUAAAAUGAACUUUAUUUGGGCAUGUCUUUAUAAUAUACUUGGAAUUCCUUUAGCGAUGGGUAUAUUCUUACCCUUAGGAUGGUCUUUACAUCCUAUGAUGGCCGGAGCAGCCAUGAUUUGUAGUAGCGUUAGUGUUGUAUGUAGUAGUUUAAUGUUACAUUGGUGGUCUAAACCCGAAUGGGUCAUUAAUUCCAAAGGUGCCGUAGUAAAACUUAAAGCAAGGAGUCGUUUAAUGAUUUCUCUGAAAAUAUUUUGGUUUAGAAUAUUUAGAAUAAACGGUUAUACUAGACUUCACAAUGAAUGUUGA